AUGUGUCUUCCUGUCUCUCAGUGUUCGUACGUCCCUCCCUGUGAGAGGGACAACCAGAAGAACAGAGACAGCGUCCUGUGGUGGGAGGACUACUUCACCAAAGAGGUCAGCAGCCAGUCCUUCACGUGCUUCUUCAACCAGCAGAGGAGGCCCGACGACGUGUUGUGGCGCCGCUCCCACGACACCAGCGUCCUGCUGCACUGCGUCCUCUGGCCAAUGGUGUCGCUGCUCCUGGGCACGCUCAUUGUGCUCCUGACGGUGUGCGCGCGCUCCCUGGCCGUCCGGGCCGAGGCGCUCCAGAAGAGGAAGUGCUCCUACGAGGCGUGCCAAGACCUGUCCGCCGGGCCCUCGGCUCGCCGCGCCAACAAGCCCGACGACCCCCUGGCGACGAACUCUGACCCGGAGACGUCGUCGCCGACGCGGACCCUGCCGCUGUUCGCGGUGCCGGUGCGACGCCGCGACCGGGAACACUAGGACGAAACAGGAAGCUGCUCGUGGGAAAUAAUAAUCAGGAGGCUGACGAGCCGAGCCGGCGGGCUGAGGACGCCGACCCGCCGCUCUCUGGCGUGCUUCGGAUCAUCGGAAGUGUCGGUACACGAUCCGUUCUGCACACGUGCGAUAUGUUCGCGCACGCGCAGAUGAUAAUCGUGAUGUACGAGGAUUUACGGCACUGCACCAUCUGUUCCACAGUAGCGGUCUGCUGUUAGCCUCCACUGGAAAGCUAACGUUAGUUUAGCUAACAGCUGAUUCGGCUAACCGCUAACUGAGACUACAUGUAAAAGACCCUCAAAUAUA